AGUCUCUCUCUCUCACUCACUAUCUCACGCACACAUCAGCCAUGGCUAAGGAACUACUAAUUUUGAUGCUUUGCUUUGUGACCUUGGUUGUUUCAGUAGAAAACCAGGCAACUAUGACUCCAGCUGCACAACCCAUGCCACCAAAAGACAUCGACACGUCCGGCUUUACUCAGGGUAGUCUUCAACCUCAAGAAUGUGCACCACGUUGCACCAAGAGGUGCUCCUUAACAGCUUUCAAGAAGCCAUGUACGUUCUUCUGCAACAAGUGUUGCAACAAGUGUUUGUGUGUGCCACCAGGCACUUAUGGGAACAAGGAGAUGUGCCCUUGCUACAAUAACUGGAAAACCAAGCGAGGAGGACCUAAAUGCCCAUGAAUCCUAGAACCGAACUCUCCUGUAAUAAUUGACCUUCAGCACUACAAAAAAAGAAAGAAAAAGAUUACCAAUGAAAAGGGAAGGGAAGAGGGUUUUCUUAUGUAUGUAAAUUUGGUUGUUGUUCUAUCCAUUUUCUCUGGUUGUUGUUUUUUGAACUUAGAGUGUACCAAUCUAGUGAAAUAAAAGUUCCAUCAGUAUGU